AUAACUCAGGCCACUGCAAUUUCUCCCCCAAAAUCGAUAUCAAAUACGCAAUCGUUCGCUUUAAAUUUUGCUUCUCUUAUUGUUGUUGUUUGUGCGAAAUUGAUAUCAUUCGUUAAAUAAGGAUGUUUCCCGGUAUGAUGGAUCCGGAGACGAUCAGACUCGCUCAAGAACAGAUGAGUCGCAUGUCACCCGAAGAGUUAUCCAGAAUCCAGCAGCAGAUGAUGUCUAAUCCUGAAUUGAUUAAAAUGGCGUCUGAUAGCAUGAAAAAUAUGAGACCUGAAGACUUGAAGCGUGCUGUAGAACAGUUGAAGUCUACUCAGCCAGAUGUGUUGGCUGAAGUUGGUGAGAAGAUGGCAAAUGCAACCCCUGAGGAACUUGGUGCUAUGCGAAAUCGAGCAGAUGCAAAAAUAAAUUAUCAAUUAAAUGCAGCCCAUAUGCUCAAGCAAAAGGGGAAUGAGCUUCAUAGCCAAGGAAUGUUUAACGAGGCAUUAGAGAAGUAUUUAAUGGCAAAAAACAAUCUAAAAGAUAUACCUGCAUGUAAAGGGGAAACUCUUCUCUUAGCUUGCUCUCUUAAUUUGAUGUCAUGUUACUUAAAGACAAACCAGUUUGAUGAGUGCGUUAAAGAAGGUAUUGAGGUAUUGGCAACUGAUGCAAGAAAUGUUAAAGCUCUUUAUAGGAGAGGUCAAGCAUAUAAAAGUUUAGGGCAACUUGAAAACGCGGUGUCGGACUUGACAAGAGCACUUGAUGUUUCUCCUGACGAUGAAACUAUUGCAGAUGUAUUAAGGGAUACUAAGGAAAAGUUAACUGAAAACAGUUACAAGGAUACAGAGAGGGGCUUAAAAUUAGAGGAGAUUGCUGAUGAAGUCCCGACACCAGUAUCUGCAAUGUAUGAAACUUCGUCCUCAGAAUCUUCUUCCGGAAACACAAAAGAAAGUAGCGAACAAACGGUUUGUCAAAGUGAGAACACUAGUGGUACUAGUGUUCUUUCGGCCAAUACCGAGCAUCUUCAGGCUCUUAAUAAUGAUAAAGAUUCUAUCAGAUCGUUUCAGAAUUUCAUGGCUCGAGCUGAUCCAGAAACUCUAGUAUCCUUGGGUGGUGGAAAACAUGAAGGGAUAUCUCCUGAUAUGGUGAAAACUACUUCAAAUUUAAUUACCAAUAUGCCACCUGAAGAAUUUCAAAAUUUGCUCGAAAUGGCUUCUUCCUUCCAGGGGAAUAACCCAUUAAACAGCUCAAACCGUGGGCCAGGCAUGCCAGGUGCCACACCUGACAUGCUUAGAGCCGCGACUGAUAUGAUGGACAAGAUGCCACCAGAAGAGCUUCAAAAUAUGUUCAAAAUGACAUCGUUAACAGAUGGCGGUAUACGAUCAAAUGAAUCCAGAUUGAAUACGAAUUCAGACGCUCGAGAAAAAUGUGAGAAUACGACACUUAGUGAGGAUAUUGGUGAGAGUAGUACUUCUACAGGGGUUUUGAAUUCAACAAAUGUUUCUCAUCAACCUAGCUUCCCUAGUUCAAGCUUUGAUAUGCAAGAACAAAUUAAAAACCAAAUGAAGAAUCCCGCUAUGUGUGAGAUGAUGUCAUCAAUGAUGAAAAACAUUAGUCCCGAGAUGAUGACAAACUUGAGUGAACAAUUUGGCUAUAAACUAUCACAUGAGGAUGCAGAAAAAGCGCAGCAAGCAAUGUCGUCUUUAUCACCUGAAAGCCUUGAUAAAAUGAUGAAAUGGGCAAACAGAAUGCAACGAACCGUUGAAGGUGCAAGAAAUACAAAAAAUUGGCUACUUGGAAGGCAGGGGUUAGCAAUGGCGGUAAUUGCGCUCUUGCUUGCAGUUUUCCUGCAUUGGCUAGGCUAUUUUGGUCAUUAAGCAGUAGUAUAUGGUUUAGUUAAAAGAUACAGUAUGGAAGUUGAGUAAAUGUUCUUUAGGUGAAAAUCAAUCAAACUGGAACACAUGAUCUUUGUCAUAUAUCCUAUGUACUGCUGGUCUAUGCUUCGUGGCACGUGACUGUUUUAAGGUAGUAGUGAUGAAGUUCUUUA